UCAGGUAACUUGAGGUGAACGCCCACAAUAGGCUGAUGGCAGGGAGACAAAGAGAUGAUGAGGUACCACUGGACUGAACUUUCAUUAAGCUUCAUAUAAAAAAGUCUUUUCAUGUUUUAAAGUCACAUGUUCAAUGGAAUCAUAGCGGUAGCUGCUGAUUGAUGGGUACAGACAAAGUGGUGCUUAAACGUAAUACUUAUAUUUAGCUCAGGGAGUUUGAGUAUUUAAAGUAAAGAGGGAAAGCGGACAUAUGUCAAAAAUUUGAGCCUGUCUGUGCUUCAACUCAACAUGCGCGGACUUGCACUUUGUAGGGUUCGUCAAGUAGCAGAAAAGAAGCUCGAACAGCGAAGGAUCAGUGCGUUUUUGCACGCAUAUCGCGCUUGUCCUCUUUUUUUCUGGCCACAGAAAACACAUGUUGGACCCUGGGGAUGAUGUCUCGGCGUGGGGAGAGUCACUCGACCAUCUUCUGCAGUGUAAAACAGGCCAGCUGCUGUUUGAGGACUUCUUGAGGACCGAAUACAGUGAGGAGAACCUGUUGUUUUGGCUGGCCUGCGAGGGAUACAAGACCAUUACCAGUCAGGCAGAAAUGACGGUGGCUGCCAAGAAGAUCUACGCAGAGUUUGUCCAAGUUGAUGCGCCCAGACAGAUAAACAUCGACUGCGUGACGCGAGAGGAAAUCGGAGGAAACCUCUCUCAGCCGGUGCCAAAUUGUCUUGACGGGGCGCAGAGAGUGAUAUACAGUCUGAUGGAAAACGACUGUUAUCCACGAUUUCUGAAAUCAGAAAUGUACCAAGGUCUCCUGGAACAGGCUGAACAGCAAUGAAAGCAUCAUGAGCAAAGGAGCCUGUCGGACACUUCUCUGAAUGAUUGAUUCUGCUCUUCAGCCGACUCUCCUGAGAAUCUCAGAUUAAACACAAAAGGCUUCUCUGUUAGAGCAAGAAGAGGAUGGAGAUACUGAGCUGUCCAAAGGAGGACUAACUGGCUUCGAAAGGCCAACAUGUAAAUCUGUUGGGCAGCUUUUAAAAUCCAAAUUGGUGUGGAUUGUUUUAUACUGCAACAAAAAAGAAAGCUCCGCAUUCCACUCUGGCCUUUUUUGGGGCUGAAGAAGAACACCUGUGAGUGUUCUAAUGUGUAAUAAUGGGUUGAUGUGUUACGGGUGAGGAAUUAAAUCAAUGUAACACACAGAAUGUCACAAUUUAAAGCUAAGUUAAACCGCCUGUUGGAUGCAGGUCUUUUAUAAAGCAUCUAAUGCUGGGCAAGAAGGUUUCUAUGCACAUUUAGCCAAUACGUCAAAGUAUCCCUUUAACCUUAUUCAUAAGCUGAAUUGCCUCCCAUGACAGUAUUGAUCAGUAUCCAGUGACACCUAUUUAUAGCCAUUACGCCUGAGGAUUGACAAAUGAGAUCUGAAAUAUGAAUUUAAGAAAUUUGUGAGACUUAAAGAUUGAAAAAAUAAACAAAUGAAGCUU